GCGGACCGACCUGCAGGCGCAGCGCUCACUGACCGCAGGCCUGACGACGCACAGCAACUCCUCUCCUCCUGGUCGUUUCUUGUCUCAGAGGCGCGAACUCUGGGCUACGCGAGUCAGGCUGAAGUCUUUUAACUUCUUGGGACGUUUUAAAGGAGCUGAACGGGACAAAAACAACAACUCUGAAGACUCUAAAAUUGUUCCUUUGCGAAUUUUUUUCUGCGUCUGCAUGAACAAGAAUGCCUCUAUAGCAACUCUAAAUAGUCACACUUUAUUUCCAUUUAUCUAAAGGGUGGGAGAAUCUUCUCUAGCCCAAAUAUUAGUGGAUAAUCAGUGAAUGCAUGACUUCAGAUCGUCUCGCGCCGGGAUCUCUAAUUGGACUCAUCACCCCCAUCCCGUCCCUCUCGCGAUGCAGCAGGAGCGCCUGCUGAAGGUGUUGGUCAUCGGCGACCUGGGUGUGGGUAAGACGUCAAUCAUAAAGCGGUACGUCCACCAGGUGUUCUCCCAGCACUACAGGGCCACCAUCGGGGUGGACUUUGCCCUCAAAGUGCUCAACUGGGAUCACAAAACGGUGGUGCGGCUGCAGCUGUGGGACAUCGCUGGACAAGAACGCUAUGGGAAUAUGACCCGUGUGUACUACAGAGAAGCAUUGGGGGCCCUUGUUGUCUUCGACAUGACCAGGUUGGCCACGUUUCAGGCUGUCCUCAAGUGGAAACGAGACCUGGACUCAAAAGUCACUCUGAGCAAUGGGAAGCCCGUUCCAGCUGUUCUGCUAGCCAACAAGUGUGACCAACGUCAACUCGGUCUGUGUCCCAAACUUCCAAAGCUGGAGAACUUCUCCCAGGACCACGGCUUUGUUGGCUGGUUUGAAACAUCUGCUAAGGACGACACCAACAUCGACAACGCCAUGACGUGUUUGGUUAAAGCCAUCAUGUCUGCGGAGGAGGAGAAAGCGUCGAGUGACGCCGCCCGAAGCGAGUCCGACGGCGGAGUCAUCGUUCUGCCUCGUUUCGACUACAGCACCAAGGAGAAGGAACUCAAUGGCUGCGCCGGGUGCUCCUCCACCAAGCCCAGACCCAGAACCGGUGACUGAUGCAGAUCCACUAAUACCAUGGAGCGACGACUUCAAGUCUUCCCCUUUCUAACAUUUAGAAGUUUCCCUAACUCUCUGACAUAUUUUUGGAAAACUCUAUUGGAGAAGUUUUGACAUUUUUGUUUUUCCUCCAGGUCUUUUUUUUUUUUUUUAACAAACUGGGUAUAGUAUGUUUUUAAAGACCAAUUUAAGAUUGACUUCAGUAACUUCAAAAGCAUUUUCUUGUGUUGGGAAAGAGUUUUGAGACAAAAUGAGGCAGCAUUCUUUUCAGAAAUACCACCGUUAAAAGCACAUCAACAGUUGUGAGACUUUUCUCUCUCCUGUCUUAAAGUCUUUUCUUACAAAACAUUUUUUAAUUGUUCUAAAUGUUUGUCUAUGAAAGCUCAUUCUUCUGUCUAUUUUUGGAGUCAUUUAUUUAUAUUUUAGAUCAGUUAAUUAUUAGUUAAAACUCUGUCAUGUUUUACUCUAUUCUGUCUGAAAAGCAAAACAUUUCUGCUUUAAUGAUGACAGUGUUUUUGUCCUGCAACAGAAAAUAUGUUCUUUUCUAUUUAUGAUGCAUAAAUUAACUACCGCCCUCAACACACGUUUUUGAAGGCAAUGAAACCUACAUACAUGGUGAUGCUAGCAGGAAUCCUUCCACAAUGGCUCUUCAUUUAGCUACAAAAGUGUAGAAACAACAACUUUUUUUAAAUAUAGACAUAACAAAUUCGGAUUUCAGCAGGUUUGGAAUAAACAUUGUAUUAAACAUCCACAAAAGAAUGACACAAGUAUCAGUAAUAUUUAUUUUUUUCCCAUCAUUACUUUGGAAAUUACGUGUUUUUUUGUUUGUUUGCAUCCCAUAAAAAAUAUCAAUCCUCUUUUUGUAAAUUUAUUUAAAAAUGACCACAAAUUCCCCCAUAGUAGAUAUUCGAGUUGCCUUUUCACAAAAGCUUACAUAACAUUUACGACUCUAAAUAAGUUUUAUUUUGUUGGACUGAGGGCAAAAGCAGCUCUUUGGUUUCUAAAGGUUGCAAACUCCUGGCUCAAAGCGUAUCCGUGCGAUAAAAUGACCAAUUCCUAAAUGUAACAUUAGAAUCCGUUCCAAUCCUUGAAUGUUGCUCUUUAAAAGUCCUCUCUGUCCGGUCUGAAUGAGGUAUUUUACAAAGAAGAAUCUAAAUAAUUUCAGUUUCUAAAUGUAGAAAGCUGGUAAAGAAAAACUCAAAAAUCUCUCCAGCUGUAGUUGCUCUAUUUCCCGAUAGUCUUCUGGAUUCUUUUAAAAAAUAUGACAAACUAGGAUUUGCCAGUUCAGUCUUAGAGAACUCACACACUAAAUGCUCAGGUUUAUAUGUGUUUAUAUUCGACAAACUCCAGAAGCAGCAUCACAACCUGUUACUUUCUUCUGUUCCACCAAGGCAGACAUGUUUGAUAUGUAACUCCUGGGUAUUUGUUGUGUACCACAGUCUGGUGACAGCCUGUCAAAAUAAAGUUGUGUGUGUGUGUGUGGGGGGGGAGUGUUUUUGAGGAUGAAAGAGCUUCUCCAUUUUCUGUCAUCAGUCACCUUCUCUCCAGGUGACGUUCAGCAAACGGGACACGUCGGUCUUUUUUCAGGUGUGGAUGUUUGGCCUUCUCUAUAAAGACGACUUGUAUCCUGGGUGCUAAUGUAAGGCCCCCCUUUUCGGCUCUUUUCCAACACUUUUCACGAGGUUAAAUGUCAUCGUCUGGGAAACUUGUCCUUUAAAUGUCAUUUUCCACCUCAGAUAGUUCUCUGUAUUUUCCGUGAGCUCCAGCUUUUCAUUUCUUACACCCUGCUGCGUGUGUCAGCAGCUGAAAGCUUCGGAGUCAGUCCUCUAAUGGGUGAGUAUUAAAAGCAGCAGCGUCUGAGGUCUUUCUUUCUUAUUGGUUCCAUUUCCUUUUGUUUCUCUACCUAAGCGCUGAGAGGCUGUCUAAUUUCUUUAAUCAGUGUGGAAGAAUAAUGUUUCCUUUGUGGAGAGUGUUCUUUUGCGUCACGUAUCAGAUGCCAUUUGUGUUGUACGGAGUCAUAAGUCUAAAUUUUGAAAGUUUUUUUUUUGCCAGAUUUGUUGACUCGUUGAAGGUUAGAUACAAAAGACAGUUAAUUCACGUGACUAAAUGAGAUUUCUAAAUUGAUAUGUAAUUGGAAAUGAUAAGGAGCUCUUUAAUUGUUAGAAGAAAAAUACCAACAGGAGACAUGGCAAUCCAGUACCCUCCCCAGGGAUUUAAAAGUGCUUUAUGUCGACAAUUUCAAGAGUACAAAAUGUUUCAACAUUCAUCCCAAUACAAUCAUCAGCUGUAAUAAGUGACAUCAGAAAAUAACUUUGAACUGUAAUUUAAAAAAAAGCUAAAACAUUGUCUUCUGAUUUGAUCAACUCUAAUCCAGCAUUCCCAUUUUUUUCAACAAUCGUGUCAUCAAUACACCUUAUAUUGAUUAACUGUGCUGUAUUUGUAUUAAAUAAAGAAGCAGACAUGUUGCUUAUCUUUUCUACAAUGUAGAAACACAGGUUUCAAAACAUCACUCUCAAGACACCCCCAAACUAAAAUGCACAUAUGGGGCCCAUGAGGGUUGGAAAUAGGCUGAAAAAAAAGACUUCAAUUUGAUUGUCUGUGGGUUUCACAGUGACCCCCAAGUUCAUUUGCUGUUCAGGUUCAUUGGCUAAAUUGAACUGAUUUUCUUAAACUCCUGCCAAAACCCAGUUAAGACCUCAUAUUUAUGUCUAAACACUCAUUCAUUUGGCUCAGACACAGAGAAAAAAGAACUGAAGGUAAAUAUGCAGGAGGAAGGUUUAGAGAGAUUGGUUGUUGAAGAACCUGAUCCACAGACAACACAAAAUAUUUAGUACUCACAGAAAACAUGUAAUUAGUUAAAACCACUGUCUUGUCUGAGGAACGUUGUUGUUGCAAAAAAAAAAAAAAAAACACUUGCAGUCACCUUGAUUGUCUGGUUGAUGACUUACUGGAGAUAAUUGUUGCAGCUUGCGGGAAAGUGAUGUGUUGACUUCUGGUCCUUCAGUUUGUGUUGCUCCUUAACUUAAAAAGCUCAAAUUAUUUUGCAAUCCUGAAGCAUAAAGCCUUUCCCACCAAAAGACUUUGCUUUGGUAGAUGAAGAGAAACCCACCCUUUUUGCAUAUUUCCUUUCCCAAAUGUCACCUAUAUGUCUGUAUAAUCUAUAUAUUCUUUAUGACAAUAAAAUGUUUUUCUUUUCGAGGGGCUUGGCUCCUCUCUAA